AUGGAGUACUACCUUCCAAUAGUUGUUAUGUUGUUAUUACAGUUUAUAUUUGCAGGUAUGACUCUUGGCACAAGGAUUGCUCUUUUAGAAGGUAUGAGCCCAAGGGUGUUUGUUGUUUACCGUAGUGCUUUCGCAACCAUAGUUCUUGCUCCACUUGCUUAUUUAUCAUCAAGGAGAAACUCUUCAACUUGUUCCUUAAAUUUAAGGAGUUUUUCCUUGAUAUUCAUCAACUCUCUUAUUGGCAUUACGUUGUAUCAAAAUUUAUAUUUUGAGGGACUAUAUCUUGCUUCAUCUUCAGUUGCAAGUGCCAUUUCCAAUCUUCUUCCAGCAAUCACAUUUGUAAUAGCAGCUUUUGUAGGAAUGGAGAAAUUGAAUAUUAGAAGUUUGAGAACUAUAGCCAAAAUAUUGGGAACAGUGAUAUGUGUUAUUGGAGCAGUGUCCAUUGCAUUGUUGAAGGGUCCAAAGCUACUAAAUGCAGAAAACAUACCUUCAAAAUCAAUUAUAAAUUUAUCCUUAGAAAGUGAUGACAAUUGGUUGCUUGGAUGUUUAUUACUCUCAGUUAGCAUUAUUGCCUGGUCAAUUUUUCUCAUUUUGCAGGUUCCAGCUUAUAAAAGCCAUCCAAAUUAUAUAUCACUCUCAGCUUGGAUGUGUUUAAUGGCAACAUUACAAUCAGCAGUAGUGACAUUAUUCAUUGAGCAAGACCUAAAUGCAUGGAAGAUUACUUCUGUACUUGAACUUGGAAGCUCUUUAUAUGCAGGAAUUAUGGGAUCUGCAGUAACAUUUUGUGUCCAAGCAUGGUGCAUUUCAAGGAGAGGACCUCUCUUCUAUGCUAUGUUUAUUCCUGUCUUCACUAUAAUUUGUACUGUAUUGGCUGCUUUGUUGCUUCAUGAAGAAAUAUAUUUUGGAAGUUUGAUAGGUGCAAUUGGAGUGAUUAUUGGCUUGUCUAUUGUGCUUUGGGGUAAAGCUAAAGAUGUAGUUGAUUACAAAGAGAAGAUGGAUCCAAAAUCUAAGGCUAAUGAGACUGAGGAAGUGAAAUUAGUUAUAAAUGAAUCCUCUGAAAAGGAAUAUUCUAAAAAUGAUUUGAAAGAACCUCUCUUACUGUGUUAG